UCAGGUCAUUUGUUGCGGAUCUGAGGACGUAUUGACUCCUGUUUUGUGAUCGCGCCGUAAAGUUUGGAUGCAUGCGGAUAAUAUAUUCAACCACUAAGCUUCCAGCUUUUAUUAUUAGACGUUAAUAAUAAUAAUGUUUAUUUACUUAGGCUUGUUUUGAAGACGAUGCAGCUUUUGACGCAACAGCUGCGCACCUCUGCGGGUUUUACUUUGAAACGGGCCACGGGGAAGUCCUCUUUACAUUCUGUCCGGCUUGUCCGACGCCGAUGUGAAGGUGCAGCACCCCUCAUCAUUCCCAUCAGAACCGCUACCGCCGGCGCCCCGUGGCUCUCUCCUGCUCCCAUCCCCUGCUGCUGACGGAGGGGGCGUAGCAGUGAAGUCACGGUGAUGUCAUUCUAGGAUGUAAGAGUUGGGGGCAAGGUGAGCUGGUUUUGCGGUGAGUGGUGUCCCCUCCACGGCCAGCGUUGCCUGUACAGAGGCGCGGAGCGGCGAAAGAUGGUCAUCGCCACCGGCACCAAUUCAAGCUCCGACGCGCUCCGUCCCUCGACUCCUGCUCAGAUCUCGGGCUAUGGGGCCUUGAUCUGCCUUGAUCCCAAAAUAAACCGCGACCGUCACCAUGCCAAAGGACAAAAAAUAAGAAGACUAGUGUUUUUAGGGCAGGUAACUUUGACCACGUGCCCCAAAGGUAAACUGGAUGGCCGUUGCGCAAAGGUGCCUCUACAGCAUGUCCAGCGGGGCCAGGACGCACUGGACUUUGCCAGCAGUUAUCGUACUGUGGACUCUUUGGGGGAUCGCUUCAUCUUAUCCGAUUCCGAGCAGGACCGAUGCGGCGUUCCUGGAAAAUAAGUGGGAGACCCUGUUCUCCCGCUCCUACCUGGGCGUACCGGGCGGAAAAUCCCAGCUGAACUGGGAGAGUGACUAUUUGCAGGGCAUCAAACGAGUGCGGCGCCUGUACUGCAACGUGGGCAUUGGGUUUCACCUGCAGGUGCUCCCGGACGGCAGGAUAAGCGGUACACACAAUGAGAACCCGCACAGUCUGAUAGAGAUCUCCACCGUGGACCGAGGAGUGAUCAGCUUGUUCGGCGUGAGGAGCGAGAUGUUUGUCGCAAUGAACAGCAGGGGAAGGUUAUACGGAACGAGAGCCUUCGGGGACGAGUGCAAGUUCAAGGAGACCCUGCUGCCCAACAACUACAACGCCUACGAGUCUUUUGUUUACAAGGGCUUCUACAUCGCCCUCAGCAAGCACGGGCGCGUGAAGCGGGGCAACAGGGCCACCACCGCCAUGACUGUCACACACUUCCUCCCGCGGCUCUAAGACAACCUGGCAAUAGCUCACUCAUUUGCACAUGUGGAUGUUCUUCCAGGUAACAGAGACACACGAGUGGACUGCAGAAGAAAACACACAUAUUUAUUCUGUUUGUAUAUCUGUAUAUUUGGAGAGCUAUCUUUGUAUAUGUAUGCCAUACUGUGCUGCUUAUUGUUUUUAUGGACAGGGGGAGCUGAAGCCUGUCUCACUUUACCUGGUGCUUGCUGUAACUGGACUACGUGUCACUUCCUCUUUUUAAGACAGGGGCUCGAGCUGUAUCCUGUGCUUUUAAAGAGGGAAAUGAAUCCGUUUUAUUACCUCAAAGACCCACUUUGACAGAUGAAGGGAUGCAUGGACUCCUGCUCAAAUAGCUGCUUUCUUCCUCCGUCGGAGCGCUCGCCGGCUCGCUGCUCGUUUGUAGACGCCGAGCAGCAGGGGAAACUUAAAUGCACUACCUUUGCUGCACGAUUCAAAGGUGCCUUGGCGUUCCCACUUGUGGCCCCCUUAAACCUGCAUGUAAGAGACACCCGCUGGAGUCAGAAAUAGGGCUGACGCUCCAGAGAGGGCCUCCGGAGGGAGGGGGAGGUACGACCGUCUCUGGUUUAUUUUUCUGUAAUUAGAUCGAUUAAGUAAUGUACAAUCUGUGGUGGAGACCAGAGAGCGGUCGGCCAUCGAGGCUGGCGCGAGGCCACCAGUCUGAGUGUGGAAUUGCCAUCAAAUAAACAGGGUGGAAAACUUAUUUAUCUAAGCAUGGAGACACAUUUUAUACCGGCGUAGCUUGCGUCUGAGCGCACACUAGAGAAGCUGCUAUUAAAAACGAUGUCUGCUGUCCAUGAAACCAACAAAUGGCGUGUAAAUAGUCCAGCACAUACAAAGAGAAGAGUCCAGGAGCUGCUUGGGCGGCUGUGUGGAGGUGAAGCCGGCCUGAGGCUGCACAGCGUUGGGUUGGGAGAGUCUCCAGGUGUCUCCUGUGGUGCAGCGUGGGUUCUGCUCCCGCUCGUCUGCAGUGGCAGCAGGGUGUCAGUUUUAAAUGCAAUUAGGGAGGAGUCAGUGGCGUUGCCCAGAGGACGCUGUUGUUUAACGGACCUGAAUCCGAUGACGCCCGUUGAUUUGGAGCUUGAGGUUGAGCCGUUUUGUGAUCAAACAUCCCCAGAGAAGACGUGGCGCCAUCGUCCACGAGCAGCUGCACCAGAACCCCCGUCCAUGUUCCUGGACGGUCUUUAGCUUCGUGCAUCUCUCCAUCAGCCGCCGUCGGUUCUUAGAACCGUACCAGGAUUCUUUCAGUCCAGGGAGCCGGCUGCUGUCUUUGUUGUUCAGCAGAACGCGACACUUCUGCCCGUCCUUGGGAUUCCAGCUGUAACCCAAAGUCCUUCCUCCUCUCCUUUCAGCCUUUUUUAGUUCAAGGUCAGAUUCACGGUCCGUCGCGGGCCCCAGUCACGACAGCUUUAGGGUCAGACUGUUUCCUUGGAACACGCACCUGAGGUGCAUAAAUCAACUUUAUAAGUUGAAACUAUGUAACCUGGAAACAAAAAGCUGCUCUCGUCUCAUCAACGUGCUGCCCAUUUACUGGUACUGGGACAUUUGUGGGGUGGGGACAUCUGCAGAGUGAACGCAGUGGGUGCAGAGUCCUGCUGCACUCCGGUCCUGCAGCCGUCCUCAGGACCCACCCUCUGCUGCUGGGCACCAACCCAACCACAGGCGGACGGAGGAGAACCUUGCACAUGCACAGCGGCGGCGGCUUUUCUCGCCGCCCGACAUCUCCAGUAGCACCUUAUCAAAGACGCCUCCACCGCGAACAGCUCUGUGCCGAAAACAGAGCUGGGUCCCUAAAAAAGUUAGUGUUCAUGUCUAAAAGAAAAGGCUCACCUUUAAGCUUUGACCAAAAAUUGUAUCCAGAUCUGUCUUUUUCCUUUCCAUGAAUUAUCAUAGAUCAGAUUUGAGUUGAUUCAGGGUGAGGAACAUCUUUUUUAUAAUGUUAAUGUCCUUUAGCAUGCCUGUUCCCCAAGCUCGAUAGGGGCGUGUGCUUCAUGUUUUUUUAAUACCUAACGUAAGCGAGCCUUCACUCUAUUCCUCUCAUUUCUGUUCUCAUAUACCUCACCUUCUGCCUUAGUUUGGGUUUGCAAAAUGCUGUAAAUGAAGAAGAAACUAACUUCAGUCAUUAGUUUCGGUAAAAACAGACGAGCUAAGUAAGGAUAUUAAAGUUUUUCCGUUUAUUUUUGUACGUAUGUGCUGUGCACAGCAGUCUACUGUAUUCCUGAGAUAAGAAUAAAAAGUUUGUCUUUUUUAACUGGU